CGCUCGCUGCUCGUUCGGCAACGCUGUGUCUCUCUUCAGUACGAAAAUGGCGGCGAAACUGAUAUACGGCUCCGCGCUCGUCGUGGUGCUGAUCGCCGUGGCUUUCGUGUACUUCGAACCCAUUCCUCGUGAAAAGUACCCAGCACUCGUGCGCAAAGUCCACCACGAGUUGCUCAAGUCGGCGAAAUACGUGGGGAGCUUCUUCUGUGGUACGAAGGUUACCGCCAAGGGAGUGUUCACUCCGGAGGAGCUCGCCCGGUACGACGGCAGGGGCGACUCCCUCGGUCUUUAUUUGGCCGUGCUGGGACGCGUGUACGACGUCUCCAAAGGCGCCGAGCACUACAGGCCGGGAGGCGGCUACUCGCAAUUCGCCGGUCGAGAUGCGUCGAGGGCAUACAUCACGGGCGAAUUCACCGAGGAAGGCCUGACGGACGAUCUCAACGGCUUGUCGGAUGAAACCCUGCUGUCAUUCUCGCAAUGGGUAGAUUUCUACGAAAAGGACUACACCUUCGUAGGGAAGUUGGCUGGCCGCUACUACACCAAUGAAGGCCAGCCAACCAGCGAGCUGCGGGCGGUCUGGGCAUCCAUAGAGCGAGCCAAGCAGAAAGAUUACCUGGCCAAGGAGCAGAGCAAGGUGUUCCCCCCCUGCAAUUCUGAGUGGACUCCGGAGAAAGGCAGCAGUGUUUGGUGCAGCAAGAAAAGUGGCGGAGUUGAACGUGACUGGGCCGGAGUUCCGCGGCAGUACUAUGAGCGCGACUCUGGCUCUGUUCGGUGUGUCUGCGUCCGCAACACGGGACCCCCUACCAACCACCCUCAAGGCACUUCGCACAAGAACCGCGGUGACCUGGAUGACCCUCACCUUAAGGAGUACCCCGGAUGCCCUCCCACAUCUGACACCUGCAAGGUGCCUGACUCGCAGUGAAACACAUUGAACAAAGCCUAACAAACAAGCUCUGGGACUUUCUUUAGUGACUUUCUGCUUUGAACUGACAGAAAAUGUUUCUUCAUUUCAUUUUUUUUUCUGUUUUUUCUUUGCGCAAUCCGUGAAGACUGCGUGGCAAUAGUAAGGACGUAACCGGUUUGCAGCUGUCAGUAUAGAAAAGGUGGCAAUAGGUGACAUAUGAUACCUCAUAUUGCCUCUACAGAGUGUACUCUUGAAAGCAUGACAUUUCCUUUGCCUUGUGGAGAAUUCUUCUAGUAAAAUAUUUUUGUAGCAUAGCAAUUUUACUUGGGAAAUAAAAUAAUCGUCUUCUAGCGUGCAGUGUGCUUCAGUAAUUCUUGUGUGACAUGUGGUGCACUAUCAGCAAGUAGACCAGCCCAUAAUGUUUGGCAAGUGACCUGCAAGGAAGGGUGUCAGUAUGCUUUCUUCAAAAGGCUCAAAGCCAAAGCUUUUUAUGCAUAAUUUUAACUUUAUACAAUUUUUGCAUUAAAAUAAUCUCAAUUGGUCUCAGCCAGUCAUGCCAUGAGUUGAGGACACUAGGCUGAAUGGUGUGUGAAUGCAGCCUAGUGUGCUUGACCUCACUGUGCAGUGACUCGAGCACUAAUGAGCAUUUCAUUUGGGGUUAGGAGGUGGUGCUGAAAAUUGUGAUAACAUUUUUAUUGCGAUAGCCAUUAUACGGGCACCGAAGGUGCCUUCGGGCACUCGAGGUGAGGUAAACAGUCAAAACAUUUUUAUUGCAGUCGCACUUAUACGGACACAUAAGGCGUGUUCACGCCGUCGCCACAAGCAUGCUGUCACGGUGCUACAACGUAUGCAUAGCCCCUGUAUUGAGGUUUAAACGAUCUCUAGAAACACGCAGUGCGCUUGGCUGCAAAAAUGACGAAGCCAACUGUGUUCACCGCCACGCUUCGCUCAAUCAGCUGUCGCAGAGCCAGAACAGUGUUCCGCCUUCCACUGCUCGCAUGAGCAUUGCGCGCAUACACACUGGAAUUCCUGCUCAGCAGUUGUGUGCAUACCAUAUCGGGGUGCGCACACUGGUCUGAGCAGAACAGACAGCAAACGCCAAGCUAGAGCUAUCUAAUCAUUUUAUAGGGUGCUAACAAAUGCUGAUGGUUUUGGGUCGGUCUCAUCGCGCGCACUAUAGGUGCGACAUCUGCAAUGCUGCUGCUGCUUUUCCUCUUUGCACCAGCAUUGUGGAAUGCCUGGUAUCUACCACAGCACUGUUUUUGCUGCACAGCUGUGGCUGUCUCACGUGCUGCAUCACGCCAAGUGUCGCCUUCUCACGGGGAGGGGAAAUGCACACACCGUCCGAAAGGCUGAAAGGCUGAAAUUUCUGUGGCUUUCGGUGCUUUAAAGCUCUUCAUGGGAGACUGCCAGUUUGUUAAUUCUGUGUGAAUGCCUGUGGAUGCAGAUUUAUCUGAUUGCUUAGAGCAUCAAGUUUGGCCUAGUAAGCGCCACUUGAUUUCAGUGCAGCACGGAGGGCGACAGUAGUGCAGGAUGAUAAAGCAGUUAGGGAAACACGCAAUGAAUGAAAUUUUGUACCUACAUUGUGUGCAGUCUUGUGUUCUUCUUUAUUGUGGCAUUGUCGAGAAUGGUUGUUUGGAAUUUGGAAGAUCUUCCGUGGGUAGGAAAGAGCUAAGGAUAAAUGUCUAGUGCAAGAAGUGUUCAGUUAGUGACUUUAUGGCUGUUAAGCCCAACGUGCCUCAUCUGACUUGUCGAAACUUUAUAAUAAAUGGGUUCAGAUAUUCAUGCAGUUAGAUUUUAUUCAUUGUAUACAUGUGGUAUGGAAGUGUGUUAAGAAAGCAAGGAAUGGUAUGUGAACAUGUAAGGCCUGGUCUUGUGCAAGCUAGUUAAAUGGCAAUUGCACCUUUUUGCUUCGUUUGGCUGCCACAUACUUGUUUCAUAAUAAAUUGUAUGUCAGCCUUACUAAUUGAGGGGUAACUAGGGACUUCAAAACAAUAAACCGAAGAUUGACAGCUUAAUAAUGUACUUGAAGAGAGAGGAAUUGACCUAAAUUUGUCCCAUGCAUUAAUCAUCCAUGCAUUGUUUUUACUACAAUUUUUCAUUGGCUUACUGUCAACUACUAUGAGCUGAUGAGAGAAUAAGCUGAUGUAUGAGAAAAUGUUAAAUAUAUUUAGUAGGGAAUCCUAGAGGAAUUUAAGGGCUUGCAAUGGGGAAUGUCUCGCAGUGGCUGAUUUAGUGUCUAAUUGUAUUUGUUGCGUGUAGUCAUGACUUAAUGUUACAGAUCCCAGUGCAUGCAACUACAGUCAACAUUCAGGAAAUCGCAACGUUGUAGUGCGAUUCUGAUGUCCUUAACAGUUGCUGUAUGUGUUCCACAUUAUCUAGCAGUGGUCAUUGAACUUUUGAGAGCUUUGUGUCUGUACAUUACUGGAUGACAAUGUGCAAAAUUGAAAAAUAUUCUCACUGUGUGGAUAUGCCUUUCUGUUUUUAUUCAAAGGGGCAUUUUGCCCCAUUGUGCGUUUCAAUAAUAAACUGUUCUGGUUUUAUUUCUAUAAUUUAUUAACUUUCUUAUUUAUGUCAUCCUGUGUUGUCGAAUUAUUUUUGGGAUGCUGACCUUAAAGCCAUGCUGCUCUAGUAAUGCUGGAAAUCUUUACUUGGCCACAGAACAGUUCCCUGUGGCAGCUUCGCUCAUCAAUAUGAACAUGCAGUAAUAUACAGGUAGGCCAUAAUGAAGGAUAUAUUACAAAUUGUAUCGGAACACCUUUCAAGCAUAGUUACUCAUACUUUUGCCUUGUGGCACCUUGGCUCGAGGGACCACCCAAUAUGCCUAAGGCUCCACAGCUUGGCAUUUGUGAAUGAAUCUCGUCGAUGUCGCAAAUGUGAGUGAAUAUGAAAAGGGAUAUGCAUGUAAUUUGCAUUUCCAUCUUUGUACCUAUGUCCUUUUGACCUGCCUGCACGUGUGUCCAUUUAUAUGGCAUCUACACCGGUGAGCCAUUAAGUGACUCUGGAUCGACAAAUAGUACUUUGUAUACCGGUAUGGUAUGUUGAUAGGACAAUUGGAAAUGUUCACGAAGGAGUUGUUCCUGUUACAAGAAAAAGUUUUAACAUGGUAGCAUUUGUAAGAAGGUAUAAUGAGAGAAUAAGUACAGCUAAACAUUCAUUUAAAGCUUGCUUGUAGAAGGCAUGACAAAAACAACAGUAAAUAUUCAGCUUGGGAUCCUUUGUGUGAUGAAUUGAAGGUGGCAUGUUUACGAAAUGACUAGCUAAGCUCUAACAAAGUCAAGCACAUGCGUGGGCUUUGUUAUUCUCAUCUGUCACCAAGGUAAUGCAUCAUUGACUCUUAUGGCUUAGCUGUACUAUAUUUUGCAAAGCACUACAUUUUGCUAAAUUUGUAACUUUCAAGUCAUUGAGGAUGCUUGGUGCUUGUCCAGACAAGUGUGUCAUAUGACUUAGUUCUUGUGCCAGACUAUUUUAUCAUUGCAUCAUUUUUUGUGUCCCAUAUUUGUGUGAGCCUGUUUGUCAUUGGGUAUUUCUUGCUGCACUGUUGGCACUGCCUGUUGCUUUCUGAUGAUGCAAAAAUGGAAUAACUGUGCAAUCUUGCAGCUUUAUUCUUACUUAAAACAGCCCAAGAGGCGCUGUGUCAUUGAAUGAUGUUUUCUCAUUUCAUGGUCUCGUCAUUUUCAUAGACAAUCUUUCAAUGCCAUGUGUUACUUGAAAUAAUGCACAAAUGCUGCUUCUUCUGUUUUUAGAUAUUCUGGCACUUAACAAAUUGUAAGUGAAACAUGAGUUGGAAAGUGCAUAAUGGAACAUAUUUUUCUGCACAUUUUGUGAGUCAAGCAUUUUUUAUCAGAAUUCGUGUUGGUGUUGUGCAAAGGAUUGAAAGCGCUGAUGUAAAGUAACAAGAACAGGCUAAGCAAAAGGAGUCUGUAAUGUUCUUCCAGAUUAGAUGAAAUAAAAUACAUAAAGUACUUUGCUUGGAAGUGCACAGAGGUAUCCUUACUUUCUCUAGAUAGUGUGCAUGUUCACAACAUUGUCACAUUUCUCCUGGAGUACUGUAUGUGCCUAAUAAAAUAUUUUGUGCCUUGUA